UUGACAUGUGACAUAAAUGUUGGAAAAACGUAGUAUGCUCUAUUUCUUUAUGUCAAAGAUUUCGAUUGUAUGUUCGCGUCAAACACCGUUGUGACAGGGUGCAUUUACAUUAGACAAAAUAAAUAAUUGUCAUGUGACAAAAAAUGCUGGAAAUCAUAUCAAAAUUAUCUCGCACUUUUUUUCCUUAAUUACUCUGAACCUGUAACCUAUUUCAACUAAUUUAUUUAGCAAAGUCUUUUUGCAUUUACCGCAGCUACCAUUUCUGCGUGUGUAUAUUUUUACUCGUAGUACUUUUAAUCACAAAUUUGAGUUGUAAUAAUGAGAAAGACGCAGUUAGCCGAGUGACUGACAAUGAGGAAAAAAGGAGGCGAUCCUGGAGGUGAAUCUGUAAGCAGGAUUGACGUUGAUAAACCACUUUGGAGCCAAGACACGUACCUCGGAAGAUGGAAGCAUUACGCCUUCACCACCGAUUGUCGCACGGUAGUCGUGCCAGAAAGCAAAUUGUGGGAAGCGAAAAAGCUCUGCGAAGAUUACAAGGCCGGGAAGGAGCCGAAGGACUUGCAGAGAAAAGAUAUAAUCUACGCGAAGAAGCUCAGGGAUAGCGCUUUUCAUCCCGAUAAUAACGAGCUCAUGCACGUGGUAGGAAGAAUGGCUUUCCAGUUGCCUAGUUCCGUCGCUAUCACCGCUGCUAUGUUGACCUUUUACAAAUCCACCUUUAGUAUGAUAACGUGCCAGCUGGUUAAUCAAGGCUUCAAUGCAUUUGUCAACUAUACCAAUCGAAACGCGAUGAGCGAUGACCCGCAGGACACCAACGUUAUUCGGCAGGCGUUCGUGCUCGCCACCGCAGCGAGCUGCGCGGCCGCUUUGGGAUUCAGGAAGUUCUUUUCCGGCAGAGGAACUCUCUUUACAAGAUUUGUUCCGUUUUGCGCGGUGGCUGCCGGUAACAUAGUAAAUCUUCCCAUCAUAAGGCAGCGGGAGAUCGCACGAGGUAUUCCUAUAUUCGUUAAGAACGGCGACGAAAUGUGCAUCAUGAAAUCGCAAGUGGCCGCCGUCAAAGGUAUCUCUGAGUGCAUCUUCUCGAGAAUAAUAAUGGCAGCGCCCGGAAUGCUGAUGAUUCCAAUCAUCACGCAACGAAUGCAAUCGUAUUGUUUCUACCAACUUCGUCCAUGGAUCGGUUUUCCCGUCGAAAUCGGCUUAUGCACACUCUUUUUGUUGGUAAUGAUUCCUUCGGCGCUCGCCAUUUUUCCGCAGAGAAACUCGAUGAGGCCAGAACUAUUAAAGAUAUGCCCGGAGGAGUACGAAAUAUUUCGAGAUAAAAUGGGUCAGCGCAAACAUCCGGAUAAAGUUUAUUAUAACAAGGGAUUGUAGAUAAAUAAAAAAAUAAAUUUAUAUUCUAUUUUGUAUAAAUAUACAUAUACUAUUAGAUUUUU